AAAGAAACAUACAAAAGCGACGCCUGCUCAGUGUGCCAAAAAGAAGGACGCAAAUUAAAAUAUAUAUUUACUAGAGAAUUUUUCGAAACAUAAGAAACCAAAAACUCGCUGCCAAAAUGCCGCGCACAAAGAUAACAAAAAAUUCGAAAAGAAAUCGCGAGGCGGCCAAUCGUGAGGAAAAGAUACGCACCUACGAAUUAAAAAUGGAUUCCGUACUGAUGAGCAUCGACGACUUGGAGAUGCGCUACAAAUCGAUGGUGGAUACACAGCUGCAGAUGAUCACCUCGCGGCUGCAAACCGAGCUGCGCGAAAUGAAAAUGUGCGACUUUCUGGAGCUGCUGCUCACUCUCGAGCACUUUUCCAACUUCAAGGCCAGCGAUCAGACUCAGCAUUUCGGCUCGCAAUCCAUGUGCAGCAAUACAACAAACGGCGGCGGCGCCAGUACCAACAUCUGCACAGCCGCAACAGCGACCAGCAGUCGCAAUGAUGAGGGCUACCUUACAGAGGACAGCAGCCUGGGCGGUGCCAUCAGCAGCAAUAGCGUAAGCACCAUGUCCGCUUACACUGGUUCCAUGCUGCGCUCGGCCAAGGCCAUGCGCACACCUGGACCGCUGCAUUCGGCGCGUGCGCGUCGCGAGCGUCGCAGUCGCUCCGCUUGUGGUGCCUCCAAGGUGCUGGUGAAUACGAGCAGCGCUGUGGCCAGCAGCAGCAGCUCGAAUGCGCUGCGCAAUUCACGCAGCAAGAUGCGCACACCGAUGGCAUCGCGUCCAAAGGCAUUUAGCGCAGAUCGUACGCCGCGGCUUCUAAAGAAGCGCUCCUCUUCGCCAUCCACGCCGCCCAUGGCCUUUCUACGCUGGCCCAAGCCCGGCGAGGUGGCGCUCUCCAAGUUCGGCAGCCCCAUUGUGUCCCAGGUCAUGCCAGACAAGUUUGCCAAUGUCAAUAUACCCAUACGCAAUGGCGUAUUAUCGCUGCGGCCCAAGAAGUUAUCCGAGAUCAAGGCGGAUCUGUUAGAGAAUCUGGAUGCGGACACUUUAAGCCAAAUAAAGACAUUGCAUGAGAACUUGCAAUUGAUUGUUAACACGGCCAACAAGGCCGGCUUCAAGUAGCUCCCCAAACGUCGAAAGCCUACAAACAUAAAUCUUUAAUCUAUAUAUAUAUAUAUAUGCCUAAUCUAUAUACAUACGUAUUUUAUGUUCGUUUAGUUUAAGUUCAGUUCGCAGUUGCUAAUCCAUU